AUGGAUGUCGAUCUUAUAAAGGUGGUAAAUCGGCUCCAAGAGACGUUUACCACGAUUGGUGGCCACAGUGUGGACCUACCGCAAUGUGUAGUCGUUGGAUCGCAGUCGUCUGGUAAGUCGAGUGUGCUGGAAACGAUUGUGGGCCGCGACUUUUUACCACGCGGCAAUGGUAUUGUGACGCGCCGCCCGCUCGUGCUCCAGCUAAUCCACCUAUCUCCUGGCACAGACUGCGAGCAGACGGAAGAAUACGGCGAGUUUUUGCACUUGGACCGUCGUUUCUUUGAUUUUGACUCGAUCCGCAGCGAAGUCGAGAGCGAGACAUACCGCGUCGCGGGCCAAAACAAAGGGAUCUCGAAGCAGCCGAUCCACCUCAAGAUAUACAGCCCAAAUGUGAUCAAUCUCACUCUUGUUGACUUGCCGGGCCUUACCAAGAUUCCUGUGGGGGACCAGCCCUCGGACAUUGAGCGCCAGAUCCGCUCCUUGGUCACCGACUACAUUUCCAAGCCAAACUGCAUUAUCAUGGCGGUGAGCCCUGCCAAUGUAGACCUGGCCAACUCGGACAGCUUGAAAUUAGCACGCGCGGUCGACCCUCAGGGCAGGCGCACGAUUGGCGUGCUGACCAAGUUGGAUUUGAUGGACAAUGGCACCAACGCGCUCGACAUCUUGACGGGGCGUGUGUAUCCCUUGAAACUGGGCUUUAUUGGCGUGGUGAACCGUUCGCAGCAAGAUAUCAACAGCAAUGUACCGCUGGGUGAGGCGCGCCGCGCUGAGGAAGAGUUUUUCCAUUCGCACCUUGCGUACCGGAAUAUUGCGCACCGCUGCGGGACCAAGUAUCUUGCCAAAACACUGAACCACGUCCUCAUGAACCAUAUCCGCGAAAGGCUCCCCGAUAUGAAGGCGCGCCUGAAUACGCUCAUGGGCCAGGCGCAUCAGGAGCUCUUGUCUUUUGGCGAUGCAACAUUUAUGGGCGACCAACACCGCGGCACGCUGAUCCUGAAGCUCAUGACGCAGUUUGCACGCGAUUUUGUCGCGUCCAUCGACGGCACAGCAUUUGACAUCUCUACCAAAGAACUCUGCGGCGGCGCGCGCGUCUACUACAUUUUCCAGGACGUGUUUGGCCACGCGCUCAACUCGGUCAAUCCCACGCAAAACCUCACCGUGCAAGACAUCCGCACCGCGAUCCGCAACUCGACCGGCCCCCGCCCAAGCUUGUUUGUGCCCGAGGCCGCGUUCGAAUUGCUCGUCAAGCCGCAGAUUCGGCUCUUUGAGCCACCGAGUCUGCGCUGUGUCGAGUUGGUGUACGAGGAGCUGAUGAAAAUUUGCCAUAACUGCUCGGGCAAAGAGCUGCAGCGCUUCCCGCGCCUCCAAGCACUGCUCAUCGAAGUUGUGUCCGACUUGCUUCGCGAGCGUCUAGGGCCGACGUCGGAGUAUGUAAAGAGCCUGAUUGAUAUUCAAGCCGCUUACAUUAACACAAGCCACCCCGCGUUUGUGCAGGACUCGGCCAACAUUGCCACGCGCGUGCGCAACGCACAACCAAGCAAGGUUGCCGAGCAUGUCAAGCGCGAGGCAGCGCUGGACUCGGACUUGAGUGGCGCGGCCUCGGAAGACCUGGCCGACGAGCGGAACAAGAAGGGUGUCACGGCGAACGGCACUGCGCGCAGUUACGCGCCCAAACACCGCACUACAGAAGGCGCCGUGUGCCGUCCGCGUGCAGAGCACACGACCCAACCAGAAGAGAUUGGCCCUGCUGGGCAACGCGAGUCCUUCCUUAACUACUUUUUCGGCGGUUCCGCGAGCAUGCCGAUCCAUGAGCCCAACGGAAGUGCCACAGGCUUUGGUGUGAGAAGCGCGCCGGAGCCAAAGCCCAACUUGAUGGCUGGCCGCGUCGGCCUGGAAGGCAGCAGUGCUGCGUUUGACAUGAAGAGCCUCGACCAGUACCUCGAGGCGGAUCCCGUGGACGAUGAAGUGCAGCUGUCGGAGCGCGAAGCGCUCGAAGUGAACCUCAUCCGCCAGCUGAUCACGUCCUACUUCAGCAUUGUCCGCCAAUCGAUCCAGGAUCUGGUGCCCAAAGCGGUGAUGCACCUCUUGGUCAACUUUUCGCGCGAAACGAUCCAGAACCGCUUGGUGAUCAAUUUGUACAAAGAGUCGCUCUUUGAGCAUUUACUCCACGAGGACGAAGCGCUGACGCGCGAGCGCAAACGCAUCCAAACGCUUCUGGACGCGUACAAGGAAGGAUUCAACGCCCUGUCCGACAUUGGCUUCCCCCCAUCGCGUUCAUAA